UUUUUUUAUAGGCUUGAGGUUAAGAAGAAGAUGUCUUGAUCAAAUUCACAUUUGCAUCUCUCCCACUGCUUCUCUAAACCCUGUCCUGGAAUUCCAGAGUAUGGAGUUACAGAACUACAGUAGCAGCACCUCAGGCUUCAUCCUCCUGGGCCUCUCUUCUAAUCCUCAGCUGCAGAAACCCCUCUUUGCCAUCUUCCUCAUCAUGUACCUGGUCACUGUGACGGGGAAUGUGUUCAUCAUCCUGGCCAUCCACUCUGACCCCAGGCUCCAUACACCUAUGUACUUUUUUCUCAGCAAUUUGUCCUUCAUGGAUAUCUGCUUCACAACAGUCAUUGUACCCAAGAUGCUGCUGAAUUUACUAUCAGACACAAAGUCUAUCUCCUACGUGGGCUGCCUGGUCCAGAUGUACUUCUUCAUGGCCUUUGCAAACACUGACAGCUACCUGCUGGCAUCCAUGGCCAUCGACCGGCUUGUGGCCAUCUGCUACCCCUUGCACUACGAUGUGUUUAUGAACCCACGACGUUGCCUCCUCAUGCUGCUGGGUUCUUGCACUAUCUCCCACCUGCACUCUCUGUUCCGUGUGCUACUCAUGUCUCGCCUGUCUUUUUGUGCUUCUCAUGUCAUUAAGCACUUUUUCUGCGAUACCCAGCCUGUGCUAAAGCUGUCCUGCUCUGACACAUCCUCCAGCCAGAUUGUGGUCAUGACAGAGACCCUGGCUGUCAUUGCGACCCCCUUCCUGUGCAUCCUCUUCUCCUACCUACGAAUCAUCGCCACUGUGCUCAGCAUCCCUUCCACAGCUGGGAAGUGGAAGGCCUUCUCCACCUGUGGCUCCCACCUCACCGUGGUGGUCCUGUUCUAUGGGAGUGUCAUCUAUGUCUAUUUUCGGCCCCUGUCCAUGUACUCAGUGGUAAAGGACCGGGUAGCCACAGUUAUGUACACAGUAGUGACACCCAUGCUGAAUCCUUUCAUCUACAGCCUGAGGAACAAAGAUAUGAAAAGGGGGUUGAAGAAAUUAAGGGACAGAAUGCACUCAUAG